AUGGAUCCUUCACACGACGGACUACCAAGCUCGUGGGAUCUGUUUUCGGGCAAAGACAUUAUUGACACGUUAGUCAAGCGCCACCAAUCACUUGUCCGCAUCCCUUCGGUUUGCUACGAUGACAUGGGAGAUGUCGAUGAUGAUGAGAGAUGGGGAGCUUUCAACGAAAUCCCUGAACACAUCAAGAAUACAUACCCCAACGUAGAUGAACAUGCAACCUUGGACACAAUCAACAAGGACGGGCUUGUCUAUACGGUUCAGGGAUCAGACAAAAGCCUCGCGCCCAUCCUCUUGACUGCCCACCAAGACGUUGUACCGGUUGGGAACGAGACCCUUGACGAGUGGGAGUUUGCUCCAUUCGAUGCCCACUACAACCCAAGAGACGGAUACCUCACUGGCCGUGGUGCCGCUUCCAAGGCUGAUGACUUUGAGCCAGACUGCACCAUCAUUCUGGCAUUUGGCUUUGACGAGCAAUGUUCCGGAUCUCGUGGAGCCAGCGCCAUAGCAGAAUUCCUCGAGCUGAAGUUCGGCAAGGGCGGAAUCUCCGUGAUCCUCAAUGAGGGUGGUGCAGGCCUGGAGAGCGUCGGUGACACUUUAUACGUGCUCCCAGCCGUGUAUGAAAAGGGGUAUCUGGAUGUGUGGUUCGAUCUUGGCAUGAUCGGCGGUUCAAGUGGCACUCCCCCUCCUCGCACCGCUAUUGGUAUCAUGUCAGAAAUCACAACGGCCCUAGAGUCGAAUCCCUUCCAACCCGAGGUCAUCAGGAACAGCCCAGUGCAUGAGGGGCUGGUUUGCUUCACCCAGUAUUCGCCCCGUGCUCUACCUUCCCUCACCCAGAUGAUCCGUUGGGGCGAUCUCAGAGGAGCGGCUCAGCUCUGGGCCAAGGUAUCUCCUGAGAAGAGGUUCUCCAUUCAAACCUCUCAGGCCGCGAACAAGAUCUGCGGAGGUCAGAGCUCCAACACCCUGCCCGAGUCUGUCGGCAUGGGAGUCAACUAUCGCGUUGCGCCGCAAGACAGCAUGGGCGGAAUCCAGCACCGCAUGGUGCAACUUACUCAGGGAAUUGCUAGGAAAUAUAACAUUCAGCUCGAGGCCUUCAAGGGCGAUAGAGAGUACGAGAGCUACCUUGCUGCUAAUGGAAUCACCCCUCAGAGCGACAAGCCAAGGAGCUCCUGGGAGCCUAUCUACAGCGGCAAACUCAAAUUGGAGGCGCGAAAGCGUUCAUACGCCACAACAAGCUCCCCCACAAGCGGCUCGGUCUGGGACACCUUCUCAGGCACUGUUCGCUAUACGUUUGGCCGUCAAGGUUCGACCGUCGUUCCGGCCCCCGGUGCCAUGGCUGAUAAUACUGACACCCGCCACUACCUCGACCUGUCGAGAAAUAUUUACAGGUGGACUCCGGGAAGCCUCAAGUCGUUCGGUAGCAUCCACACUAUUAAUGAGAAGCUUCUCAUGAGUGAGCACGUCAACAUGGUCAAGUUUUAUUAUGACUUUAUCCGCAACUAUGACCAGGCCAACGCUUGGGACAAGGAAAUGCAAAAAGAGCGAAAGGAUCUCUAG